GUGGUAUUAACAUUUAAAAUUUAAAUUUUCCCAAGUGUCGUAUACAAAUUAGAUCAAAAGAAAGAUCAGCAAAUGCCAUAGAGCCUAAAUGGUAUAAAAGGGUGGGUCCUAUACAAAUCUCUCAUGAACUGAUCUCUUCAUCAUUCUUCUUCUCCUUCUCACUAAACUAUCCCCCACAAGAGAACUUCACGAUCCUCCAAACAAGUUCUUGAUCUAAUAACAAUUCCUAGGAAGAGUUAAUCAUUUGGUGGGCUUUGUGCGUGUGUAACAUACACGUUUGUAUGUAUAUGUAUGAGGAGGAAAAGAGCAAUAUUGUUAAUAGUCAAGAAGAACUGAGAUUGGAGAUGGCCUUUCCACAGCAUGGAUUCAUGUUUCAGCAACUUCAUGAAGACAAUGCUCAUCACUUGCCUUCCCCUACCUCUCUCCCUUCUUGCCCUCCUCAUCUCUUCUACGGAGGAGGAAACUACAUGAUGAACAGAUCAAUGUCGUUCACGGGAGUAUCAGAUCACCAUCAUCUAACUAAAAAAAGCCCGACCACGACGAACAUGAAUGAUCAGGACCAGGUGGGAGAUGAAGACAAUCUGUCAGAUGAUGGGUCCCAUAUGAUGUUGGGAGAGAAGAAGAAGCGGCUUAAUUUAGAGCAAGUUAGGGCAUUAGAGAAGAGCUUCGAGCUAGGGAACAAGCUGGAGCCUGAGAGGAAGAUGCAGCUUGCUAAGGCCUUAGGGUUGCAGCCUAGGCAGAUUGCGAUAUGGUUUCAGAACAGGAGAGCUAGGUGGAAGACAAAGCAGCUUGAGAGAGACUAUGAUUCUCUCAAGAAACAAUUCGAUGCUUUGAAAUCGGACAAUGAUUCUCUUCAAGCCCACAACAAGAAACUCCAUGCUGAGGUUGUAGCAUUGAAGAAACAAGACCUUAAAGAGUCAGGAAAAAUCAAGAGAGAAUCAGCAGAAGCUUCAUGGAGCAACAAUGAAAGCACGGAAAAUAUUAAUAAUAGUUCAGAGGGGUUGAAAGAUCUUUUCCCUUCUACAAUUCGAUCUGUGACAACGAGCACGACCUCGGCUCAUAUUGAACAUCAGAUGGUUCAGGAUCAAGGAUUUUGCAAUAUGUUCAAUGGUAUUGAUGAAACGACGUCGGCUGGUUAUUGGGCAUGGCCUGACCAGCAACAACAACAUCACAAUCAUCAUCAUUUCAAUUGAUUAUAUCGUCCAAGAAGAACAUCAUAAUCCUGAUCAACAUCCUCAUGAUAUCAUCAUUACCAUCAUCAAAAGAAAAUUUCGUUGAUUUUUUUUUUUAAUUUGAGUAUUUUUGAAAUUAUUUGUUACUGUUUCAAAUGACAUUCCAUCGUUUUUUUUUCUCUCUUUUGCUGCUUCUUUUGGGUUUGUAGAAAGUGGGUGUAUAGAGAGGAUAUUCAAAUUUUUUAGAAUGAUAACUUCUUGUUUAAUAAAUGAAAUUUGUGUCUUCCAAAAUAUUUUUUGAGAUCAAGUAUAUGUAUCAUAUAUAACAACCCACUACUUAUUAAAUUAUUUCUGAAUGAUCACUACUUAUUAGUUGAAAUAUAUAACUAGAGAUUUUUGCCAGUAGUGAUUAAUAGUAAUUGCUAAGUUAAUAUUGUGACAAACUUGAGAAGUUGAAAUGCAUAAUCGACAAAAAAAAAUUGAUAAAAGAAUAAAUCAGAUGCAUGUGCUUUCGAGUGGGGUUCCAGCUCUGUCAUUGACAGUUCGACACAACAUAUAUAGUCAUGAAAUAUAUUUUAUUUUACCAAAUGCCAUGAAGUAUUUUAUUAUAUCUGAUAUUUUUCAUGUAAAAUAUUAAAAGACCAGAAAAGGAACAUGUAAUAUGGAAGGAAGUUAUUAUUUGACAAUUUUAGAUAAUAAUGGUAGUGGUAACUGCCGAACUGGUACUCUGGUAGAUGAGAGAGGAAGAGUACUGGAAUCACACAUUCCAAAGACGAAGAAGAAAAGUCCAAUAAGAGAACAGAUUUGAAACUGUGUUUAGGAGAAUCGUUCAUUCAUCUAGCUAGCUUUUCGGAUCUCUGGAUGCUUUUGGGUUUAAUUUUAAAACUAUACUAAAAUGUAAUAUUCAUAUAUUUUAUCAUUAUACAAGAAAACAAACAGAGUACCGAAUAUUUCUCUUCUUUGUGGCUCUCCAUGUGACCUCACUGCCACCAUCACUUCACUUCCCACAGAAAACUCAAAACUUGCGACUGUGAAAGUUUUAGCUUAGCCGCAUCAUUUUAAAAUACACAAUAUACAUUUAUUUGUUUUGAACCCACGCAGUGUUCGUUUGGUGUCGCAUCCAAUUAUUUAAUAUGACAAAGCAUCCGAGUGAACUUUUCACCAAAUAAUCUGUAACGGAUCGUUUGUGUGAGACCAAAGUUACUGAAAGAUAAUAAAUUUAUGAUCAGAUCCUAAAAUCAUUUGCCAACUGCGCUCGCUAAUAUAUUCAGAUGUGAUCCAUAUUUACGUACAUACGUAAUAUGUCCCACGUACUUGCAUACGCAACUUUAUGGAAUAUACUAGUUUCUGACCCGCCCUAGAAAGGGCGGGCAUUUUUUUGUUUUACUUUAUUUUAAAAUAAAUUAAUUUUCUUAUUUAAUUUUUUUUGUAAUGAUAUUUUUUUUAAAUCAUAUUUGUGUUAUUUUUUUAAUUAUUACUAAUAAAUACAUAAAUAUAAUAAAAUUUGAAAUUUGUUGCGAUAUUUUGUAUUUGAUAAUCAUUUUGUAUGUUUCAUAAAAUAACCCUAACCCGUAGAUAAUCUUAAUAGUAAAAACAUCAAAUUGUUGUCAUAUAUAAUAACUUUAGUUAACCUUCACCUUUCCAUUAAGGCAUUAACAUUAAACUGUCGCCAUAUUUAAACAACUUCUUAAUGUAUAUAUUUUAUCUUUAUUUCAAAUCAUAACUGUUGCCAUAUAUGAUAACUUACAGAGAAGUGGAUUCCACCUUUUGUGGAAAUAAGGUCGAGGAUAGUAUUAAAAA